AUCCAAAGCACCAGUUUGUAUUGAUCAUUGUUUCACUUGAAAUUUGUUGUUUUCUUCUUAUUCUUCUCUAAGGCCAAGCUCAAGUUUUGGCACUCGUCUUAUUGUUUGGUCGAGACUUUGGAGCGGGUUGUAUUGAAUCUCAUGGCUUCAAAGCAGAUUAACAAGGAGUUGAAGGAUCUCCAAAAGGAUCCUCCUGCAUCUUGCAGUGCUGGUCAUGUUGGUGAUGAUAUGUUCCACUGGAAAGCAAUAAUCAUGGACUCAGCAGACAAUCCUUUCGCUGGAGGACUCUUUCUUAUUGCCAUUCACUUUUCCCCAGACUAUCCAUUCAAGCCUCCUAAGGUUUCUUUCCGAACAAAGGUUUUCCAUCCUAACAUCAACAUCAAUGGAAGCAUCUGUCUUGACAUUAUGAAGGAACAGUGGAGCCUUGCCCUUACCAUAUCCAAGGUAUUUCUGUCAAUAUGCUCACUUCUCACGGAUCCGAAUCCCGAUGACCCUCUGGUACCUGAGAUUGCUCACAUGUACAAGACCGAUAAAGCCAAAUAUGAGAGCACUGCCCGAUUGUGGACUCAGAAGCUGCAACCCCCAUGA